AUGCUUUCUAUGCUUUCAAUCCUAGCUUUUCUAGCAGGCGCUAGUUCGGCUAGCCCAGCCGUAGCUCCUCAGUGUCGAUGCAUGCCCACUGAUUCCUGUUGGCCAUCUGCGGAAGAUUGGUCGGAAUUCAAUUCUACCCUGGGUGGGAGAUUGAUCAAAACGGUUCCAUUAGCUGUAUCUUGUCAUGAUCCAAGCUACAACGGCACUGAAUGUCAAUAUCUUCGGAGCCAAUGGACACAACCUGCUUUGCAUCUGGCUAAUCUCGGAAUUCGCACUGAAAGCGAUGCUUCGUCGUCUUCCAUCAUGGCCGCGGCCGUUGCAAAUGAAAGUUGUGAUCCUUUCACUGCUGUAUCAAGUCCGUGUCGGCUUGGGAACAUGGUGUCCUAUGCUGUCAACGUUUCUACUCCGGCGGAGAUCGCCCAAACUAUGACUUAUGCAGCCGAUAAGAACAUUAGACUGGUUAUCCGAAACACUGGCCAUGAAAAUCAAGAUUCCGAGAAGAAGUUCCAAAAUAUUGACAUCGCAAAGUUAUAUAUGGGCAAGUCGACCGGCGCUGGAGCUCUCUCCAUCUGGACCCAUCAUUUGAAAGAGAUCACAAUCAACCACAAUUACACUUCCCCACAUUACACCGGACCAGCAGUCACCGUCGGUGCCGGCGUCCAGGGCGGGGAAGUCUAUGCCGCCCUGCAAAAACAAAACUUGGUGAUGGUCGGCGGCGAAUGUGCCACCGUCGGACCAGCAGGCGGAUACACACAAGGCGGCGGCCACUCCGCCCUCAGUUCGCGCUAUGGUCUCGGCGCCGAUCAGGCGCUGGAAUGGGAGGUAAUCGACGGCCAAGGUCGACUCUUGCGGGCUUCCAAGACUGAAAACUCCGAUCUAUACUGGGCUCUCAGCGGAGGUGGCGGCGGAACCUACGGCGUCGUGACGUCCUUGACUGUCAAAGCAUUCCCCGAUUUUCCGGUCGCGGGUGUGGUGCUUGAAUUUGAAACCGAUCCCGAUAACCUCGAUCCUUUUUAUGAUGCAGUGGAGUUCUAUCAUUCACUUGUGCCGACCCUCACGGCCGCAGGCGGCAUGGCCAUUGCCAACGUCAUGAGCUCUUCUUUCCUGUUGACGCCACUUACCCUCCCCGAUACAACUGGGGAGAGAGCUUUGGAGCUUGUUACCCCCUUCACCGAUAAAUUGGACCAGUUGAACAUCAGCUAUGCUAUGAACCUUACCCAUUUCCCAUCAUAUACGGACCACUACAACGCGCUGAUCGAGCCGAAUCCCACCCAGCUCGUGAAUAAUGGUCAAUACGGCGGAAAGCUUAUUCCACUCGAGGUGGUCGAGCAGUCCAAUUCAGCACUCACUGCUGCUAUGAGGAGCAUCACUCAGGAUGGAGUGGCUUUUACCAGUAUCGCAUUGAAUGUUUCGUCUGCUGUGACCGGAACGACUAACAAUUCUAUUCUGCCCUCCUGGAGAACCGCGGCAAUGGAUGUAAUUCUUGCAACGACCUGGCCGGAAAAAGCAAAUCUUGGGGAAAUGAAGCAGCUUGCCGAUGACAUGACCAACAAAUGGAUGCCAAUGUUGACAUCCCUUACCUCUGACCCAGGUUGCUACAUGAAUGAAGCCGACCCUCAACAGCCGAACUGGCAGGAAGCUUUCUACGGGGUUAACUAUGAUCGACUGCUUGCAAUCAAGAACAAGUAUGAUCCGCAUAGUAACUUCUAUGCACAUACUGCUGUGGGUAGCGAUAAGUGGGUGCAAGAGGCGGAUGGGCGGUUGUGCCGGGCUGGUUCAUCUUGA